UCAAAGGGCCAGCGGACCCAGGGCUUCAAGAGCCGCCGCCGCGGGAAGACACCCGUGGGACCGCAGUGAGAUCGCCACUGUCCCCAAGAGGGUCGGUGAGACCCGAGGGCGUUCCGCCUCUCGACCGAGCGCCGGCGCCUGAGGAAAGCCGCCCGCCCGGCCUCCUUCCUUUCCGCGCGGCCCGAUGGCGGCGGCGGCCGUGGCGGGGCUCCAGGCGGAGGCCAAGUGCCCCAUCUGCCUGGACUACCUGAGGGACCCGGUCACCAUCGGCUGCGGGCACAACUUCUGCCGCGCCUGCGUGCAGCAGUCCUAUGCGGACUCGCAGGACGACUUCCCGUGUCCCAUCUGCCGCUUCCGGUGCGAGAUGGGGCACUUCCGGAGCAACGAGCAGCUGGGCCGCAUCGCAGACAUCGCGCGGCGGCUGCAGCUCCCCAGGAGCAGGAAGAGGCAGGACGCGUCGCUGUGCGAGAAGCACGGCCGGGCCCCGUGCUUCUUCUGCGAGGAGGACCUGGAGCUGCUGUGCAACCUGUGCGCGCAGGGCCCCGACCACCGGGGCCACCUGGCCCGGCCCGUCGCGGAUGCCGCCGCCCACCACAGGAGGCAGCUCCAAGGCUACUUGGCCUCCCUGAGGAAGGGGGAGGAAGACCUUCAGAGAUUGAUGAGCAUUCAAAACAAAAAGCCCUUAGAGCUGCGUGAGAAGGUGGAAAACCAGAGGCAGGCAUUAUCCUCCGAAUUUGAGCGCCUGAACCAGUUCUUAGACCGCGAGCAACAGGCGAUGCUCUCCAGGUUAGACGAAGAGGAGAAGGACAUCGAGCAGAAACUCAGGGAGAACGUAGACGCGUUUUCCAACUACGUCUCCACACUCAAAAGUCAGUUAAGUAGGGUCGUAGAGCUCAGUGAGCUGUCUGAAGUGCAAAUGCUAUCACAGAUUAAAGGUUUCUACAGGUCUGAAAAUGAGGCUAGCCCGUCCAUCUUCUCCAUUCGUUUAAGGAAAGAAGGCUGCAGUUUUCCUCCCCAGUAUUCGGCCCUUCAGAGAAUUAUAGACAGAUUUAAAGCAGAUGUGAUGCUAGACCCUGAAACGGCACACCCUAACCUGAUUGUCUCUAAGGAUAAAAAAUGUGUGAGAUUUACAAAGAGAAAACAAAAGGUUCGUGCUUUGCCAAGAAGAUUUACAGCCAGACCAGUUGUCCUGGGUUUUCCAUGUUUUCCCUCUGGCAGGCAUUUCUGGGAGGUGGAAGUGGGAGACAAGUCGGAAUGGGCUAUUGGUGUUUGCAGGGACUCUCUUCCCACAAAGGCCAGGAGACCAGCGUUGCCCCGGCAGGGGUGCUGGGCGCUUCAGCUGCAGGACAGUGGUUACGAAGCUCCCGGAGCGGCCCCAGCCCCUGCACUGCUGGACGUGAAGGACAGAGUCAUUGGCAUUUUCCUGGACUACGAGCAGGGUGAGAUCUCAUUCUUUGACAUGGCUGAGAAAUCUCACAUCUGUACUUUCAGUGACACCUUCAUUGGACCUCUUCGGCCCUAUUUCCUGGUAGGACCCGAUUCAAAACCUCUCAGGGUUUGUACAGGAGCAGAUUGUGAAUGAAAACCCCCCUGAUGCUGAACCAUUUUACUAUAGUUGUUUAUAAUGGAAGGUGCCUAGGCUAGUGUCUUAAUACAUCUAUAAAUCUAAUCCCUCCAAUAUUUUCUUUCACCGUUUCAACACUUCCAAGCAGAAAUUUUGUUUGUUUCGUUUUGUUUUUGAGACUGAGUCUCGCUCUGUCACCCCAGCUAGAGUGCAGUGGUGUCAU